UUUUGUACACUCAGUGUAUGUACUAGGUAUUAGACUGCCCCCUAGUGGUGUAUCUCCCUCACCUCUCCCUCCUCAUCCACAGGACCAGGCGUCUAAAGACAAGGCACUCCAGAACAUGGCAGCACUGUCGUCUGCUCAGAUUGUGUCGCCGAGCCUGAUCAAGAGCCAGCUACCCCCGCUGCCCCAUUCUCCUUAUCCCCCGCAAGCCAGGGUGAGCCCUUCUACACUGGGUUUGAGAUUGCAAUGAUUGCUCUUUCUCUGCAUUGACACUAUUUACAAGUAUUUAAACAUUAUUGUUAUACUAGUAAUUGAUGUAGGCUAUGUGAAAACAGUACAGUAAAGUACAUUACCUAAGCAACUGACUCUGUAAUCUUUGCCUUCCAGUUUUGGCCAGGCCCUAUCCCAGGACAACCUGGCCCCUCUCAGGAGUGAGUAUGACUGUGUUAACUAUUUGUUGAGUGACAGGUUAAGAUUGUAUGUUUGGACUGUGCGUUUGAUUGAUUGAUUGACACUUGGUGUGAGUGGAGUGGCGGGUUCUCUUUGGCACGUUUAACGGAUCGCAUUUGUGCACAUCAGGCUGGUUCUAGAGCUCAACCCGGGAAGGACUCCUGGGCUUGGCCGCACCAGCUAUGCGUAAGUUCCCUCCUGGUCUAGCUAUAUCACAAGGCAGCACUAACUCUGCUUCAGUAUGCUUCCUGCUCCUGCACUCAUUUUACAACCAGGCCACAGCCAGCUUCACGUCUGAGAGCGAGAAGACCAAACACAAUGCUGGAUUUGUUUGGAAUGUCGUUCCGUUCUGACCAUUAGGGAUGUAAAAACAUCCCAAAGCUAUUUGUGCUGUAAAAACGUCACACAAGAAGGCGAUUUCAGACAAACUGUUGCCAGAAUCAGUCCGUGACAUCACCUAACUUGAGAUCCGUGUUUGUCAUAUCAAAUUGAAAGAAAAUCUUCUAUUGACUUCUAAGCAUGACUUGCACACAAAAAAAGCAUAUGGAUUUGUAAGGAAUUGGCCCAUUGUGAACGUUGGUGUGUCACUCUCAAGCAUCCCUCUGAAAUUAUGAGUGUCACAAAUGAGCACAGUAUGUCCACAUGAAGGACAACAAACAUCUAUCAAAUAAUCAAUCAAUCAAUGAACCAAUCAAUCAGAGUAUUUAAAUAGCAUAACUAAGUGCAUGGCGUAGUGCAAUAUGACAGAGUGAAGCAGAGGUGGACUUACGUCUAGCUGAUGCAGCCACAGACACAUGCCUAUGUUGAGACACUAGUCAUAACACUGUGGAUCCAAGUCUGUCUGACAUGCCAAUGAAGCCCAAAGCCACAUGCCACUAGCAUAACCAGGUUUCACAUGGAAUUUCACUUUUGGAAAUUAGUGGAAAAAACACAAAGAGUUGGAUAGUGAAUAUUGAAAAGUUUGACUCCUCAAUUUACAGUGACUGUGAUGUGAUGAUCAAUCUCUUUCAGUAUCAAACCUUUUGCACAGUCCUCAUACCCAAACCUGCCAGGCCCUGCCCCCCCACCUAUAUCAAGUGAGUAGAGUCCAAGCAAUUUCAUUUUCAUCUCCAUUCAUACAUUCAUUCAUGCUUCAUUAAAAAAUCUGUUUUACAACGGAGACAUGUCCCAAGGUAGCAGUAAUGAAACACUCGAUAUAACAUACACAUCAGCAAUAUAUCUGGUGCUUAACAUUAAUGCAGAAAUUAAACAUUAUCUUCUGAGACCUCAGCCUGACUGUCUCUCUCUCUCUCUCUCUCUCUCUCUCUCUCUCUCUCUAAGCCUAUGAACCCUUGGCACCCCCCCUCCCCCCGGCUGCUACGGCGGUGCCCGUGUGGCAGGACCGGACCAUCGCCUCCUCCAAGCUGCGGAUGCUAGAGUACUCUGCCUUCAUGGAGGUGCAGAGGGACCCUGACAAUGUGAGUCACCAAACCAACAACAGCACCCAACCACAUUAACCAACCUGUCCUAAUAAAAGUUGCAGAUAAAAGCCUUUGUUUUACAGUCCACAUAGUCAUGUCUAGCACUAACUCAGUAUGGCCAAGCUAGACUUCUGUCAUGGCAACUGGUCUGAACAUCUUUCUCUCUCUCCCCCCUGCAGUACAGCAAACACCUGUUUGUCCACAUUGGUCAGACCAACCCCUCCUACAGCGACCCUCUGCUGGAGGCAGUGGACAUCAGGCAGAUCUAUGACAAGUUCCCAGAGAAGAAGGGCGGACUCAAAGAGCUUUAUGAGAAAGGCCCCCAAAACGCCUUUUUCCUAGUCAAAUUUUGGGUGGGUAAUGAUGAAAUCAUCUUGCUCAAUAAUGUAUUUAUUACUGAUGGUUUGACAAAUCACUUUUUAUUAUUGUUUGAUCCUCACCUUGAAUGCUUUACAGCAGGGUUCCCAAACUGGCGGCCCGCAGGCCGAAUUUGUCCCGCGGGUAGUUUUAUUUGGCCCCCCCAAGUUGAAUCCAGGUGAAAGCUAUGAUCCCUUAUUGAUGUCACUUGUUAAAUCCACUUCAAUCAGUGUAGAUGAAGGGGAAGAGACAGGUCAAAGAAGGAUUUUUAAGCCUUGAGACAAUAGAGACAUGGAUUGUGUAUGUGUGCCAUUCAAAGGGUGAAUGGGCAAGACAAAAUAUUUCAAGUGCCUUUGAACGUGGUAGGGUAGUAGGUGCCAGGCGCACCGAUUUGUGUGUGUCAAGAACUGCAACGCUGCUGGGUUUUUCACGCUCAACAAUUUCCCGUGUGUAUCAAGAAUGGUCCACCACCCAAAAGACAUCCAGCCAAAUUGAAUGAAUGAAUUUAGGCUGUUCUGAGGGCAAAGGGUGGUGCAACUGAAUAUUAGUAAGGUGUUCCGAAUGUUUUGUACACUCAGUGUAUAUUUUUAGAAUUUUCAUUGUUGGACAUAAAAUACUGUAAAAACACCAGGAAAUCAGCUCCAAGUGAUUGGAAUUUUGGAAAUCUGUUCCCAAGUAUUCCCACGUACAGUAUAAUAGAGAGGUGUGAUCGUAUACAAAUGUAACCACGGUUUGAAAGGAUGAUGUUUUAGUCUACAAAUUAGUUGUAAUUAUGUUCUGGCCCCCCGACAAUCAGCUCAAGAAAGAAGUCGGCCUGCAGCUGAAUCUAGUUGAUGAUUCCUGCUUUACAGGGGAGUGUGUUGAUUUAAAACAUAGUUUAAACCUACACUGUCACACUCUCACACAGUCCCUUUUGGUAGUUUGAGUAUUCUCUCAUUUAGAGUGGAAUAAGAAAAAAUACAGUAUUUGGGGGUUUAUGCCUGUUAGCUGAGCGUUAAUCUGAUUUGUCCUGUGUGUCCUCUGACUUGUCCUGUGUGUGUCCUCUCACUGCAGGCGGAUCUGAACAGCAGUGGUAUGCAGGACGGCCCAGGCUCAUUCUAUGGAGUCAGCAGCCAGUACAGCAGCUCUGAGAACAUGACAAUCACCGUCUCCACCAAAGUCUGCUCAUUUGGCAAACAGGUGGUAGAGAAAGUAGAGGUGAGGCCAUUUUCAACUGGGUCUGCUUUAUAGUCACAAAAACAGCUGUCAAGCCGUCAUGGUAAAUUAGGAGGUGCACUUACAGUUGAAGUCGGAAGUUUACAUAAAAAACUCGUUUUUCAACCACUCCACAAAUUUCUUGUUAACAAACUAUAGUUUUGGCAAGUCGGUUAGGACAUCUACUUUGUGCAUGACACAAGUAAUUAUUCCAACAAUUGUUUACAGAUUAUUUCACUUAUAAUUCACUGUAUCAUAAUUCCAGUGGGUCAGAAGUUUACAUACACUAAGUUGACUGUGCCUUUAAAAGCUUGGAAAAUUCCAGAAAAUGAUGUCAUGGCUUUAGAAGCUUCUGAUAGGCUAAUUGACAUCAUUUGAGUCAAUUGGAGGUGUACCUGUGGAUGUAUUUCAAGGCCUACCUUCAAACUCAGUGCCUCUUUGCUUGACAUCAUGGGAAAAUCAAAAGAAAUCAGCCAAGACCUCAGAAAAAAAAAUUGUAGACCUCCACAAGUCUGGUUCAUCCUUGGGAGCAAUUUCCAAACGCCUGAAGGUACCACGUUCAUCUGUACAAACAAUAGUACGCAAGUAUAAACACCAUGGGACCACGCAGCCGUCAUACUGCUCAGGAAGGAGACGUGUUCUGUCUCCUAGAGAUGAACGUACUUUGGUGCGAAAAGUGCAAAUCAAUCCCAGAACAACAGCAAAGGACCUUGUGAAGAUGCUGUAGGAAACAGGUACAAAAGUAACUAUAUCCACAGUAAAAACGAGUCCUAUAUCGACAUAACCUGAAAGGCCGCUCAGCAAGGAAGAAGCCACUGCUCCAAAACCGCCAUAAAAAAGCCAGACUAUGGUUUGCAACUGCACAUGGGACAAAGAUCGUACUUUUUGGAGAAAUGUCCUCUGGUCUGAUUAAACAAACAUAGAACUGUUUGGCCAUAAUGACCAUCUUUAUGUUUGGAGGAAAAAGGUGGUACCUUGCAAGCCGAAGAACACCAUCCCAACCGUGAAGCACGGGGGUGGCAGCAUCAUGCUGUGGGGGUGCUUUGCUGCAGGAGGGACUGGUGCACUUCACAAAAUAGAUGGCAUCAUGAGGAAGGAAAAUGAUGUGGAUAUAUUGAAGCAACAUCUCAAGACAUCAGUCAGGAAGUUAAAGUUUGGUCGCAAAUGGGUCUUCCAAAUGGACAAUGACCCCAAGCAAACUUCCAAAGUUGUGGCAAAAUGGCUUAAGGACAACAAAGUCAAGAUAUUGGAGUGGCCAUCACAAAGCCCUGACCUCAAUCCUAUAGAAAAAUUGUUGGCAGAACUGAAAAAGCGUGUGCGGGCAAGGAGGCCUACAAACCUGACUCAGUUACACCAGCUCUGUCAGGAGGAAUGGGCCCAAAUUCACCCAACUUAUUGUGGGAAGCUUGUGGAAGGCUACCCAAAACGUUGGACCCAAGUUAAACAAUUUAAAGGCAAUGCUACCAAAUACUAAUUGAGUGUAUGUAAACUUCUGACCCACUGGGAAUGUGAUGAAAGAAAUAAAAGUUGAAAAAAUAAUUCUCUCUACUAAUAUUCUGACAUUUCACAUUCUUAAAAUAAAGUGGUGAUCCUAAUUGACCUAAGACAGGACAGAAUUUUUACUAGGAUUAAAUGUCAGGAAUUGUGAAAAACUGAGUUUAAAUGUAUUUGGCUAAGGUGUAUGUAAACUUCCGACUUCAACUGUAAAUGACUUAACUGGUUAGAUUAAGGUUAAACAAAAUGGGAAUUAAAUAGUAAAUAUACUGUCAGACACUAUAUAUAUUAUAUUUACCUCAACUAAGAUAUUGUUUGCUGUUUUGGGUAAGAGUUUUAAAAUCUCUCCUCGUGUGAAUUUCAGACGGAGUACGCCCGAAUGGAAGGAGGGAAAUGUGUCUACAGGAUCCACCGCUCUCCCAUGUGCGAGUACAUGAUCAACUUCAUUCACAAGCUCAAACACCUGCCAGAAAAAUACAUGAUGAAUAGUGUUCUGGAAAACUUUACUAUCCUUCAGGUAACAUACUGCAUUGCAAAGAUACUAAGACAACGCCAGGGUUGUGGGUUCGAUUCCCACGGGGGGCCAGUAUGAAAAUAAUAAUGUAUGCACUAACUGUAAGUCGCUCUGGAUAAGAGCGUCUGCUAAAUGACGUAAAAUGUAAAAUGUAAUAGUAACUAACUUACAAUUUGGCAAUGAACUGAUAUUUCAACCGUGGUCAUAGGACAAUAGCUGGGUGAUAUGUUUUUGACCUCGUGUUGUUGUGCUUUGUUAAUUGAUUGAUUGAUUGACGAUAUUUACUGUCUUUCACCUGUUGCAAGACCGUAGCUGAAUCAUGUUUCUUAUCUCAUUUUGCCGUGCUACCUCCUUCUGCCCCUCAGGUGGUGACAAACCGUGAUACUCAGGAGACCUUGCUGUGUAUAGCGUUUGUGUUCGAGGUCUCGACGAGUGAACACGGGGCACAGUACCACGUCUACAGGCUCGUGAAAGACUGA